UGCGUUAAGAUGAUUGUACCCAUCAUGUAGCGUCCCCCCAGCUUGACUCAUCGUCAAGCACAACACAAACAACAUCUUAGAACAUAAUGUCCACGUGCGUCACCAGACCAUACGUCAGCCCACAAAAUCUUCUCGCGAUUGAUUUGUUUAUUUGAUUUCGUAUUGACCAAACCCCAACCGGUUGGAAGCUUAUGCCGGGAACAGGUUUUAGUGGAAUGUGUUUGUUAGCGUCCAGCAGUCAGCUUCAGUCGGAGAUGUCAACUCAUCACACCGGCAGUUCUUCUACGACACUCGUCCAUAUUGCGCCGUAUCAUUUUGCACAGCUCCUUAACACAAUGAGUGCAAGGUUUCUGGCAUGGAUAGUGCUGCUGCUGGUGCUAGUGGUCAGUCUGUUCGAUCCGUCCAUGGCCCAGGGUAAAAAGUUUGCCUGCAGCUACUCUCCACAGAAAGCGAACUCGAUCGGUUAUCAGCCGGAGUACAUACCGCUCGAAGUUUGCACACACGUGAUCUUCAAAUCGUUUGACUUCCCGAGCUUCGUCGGCCGUCAGAUGCUGUUCAGUGAUAACGACAAGAUAGCAUUCAGCCGGGUGCUUACAAGUGUACGCAAACGAUCGAACAGCGUUCGAGUGGUCGCGUCCAUCGAUGGGUCCUCACGAGCCUUCACCACGACGUCCGGUACGCUUGCACGGAGAAAAGCGUUCGUGCAGGCAGCGACCGCGUUGCUGCUUGAGCUGGACGCGGAUACGAUAGAGCUUAACUGGCGUGUCAGCUACUCGUCGGAUGCAAGCACGGAUCGUGUCACGAUGAUCACGCUACUGCAAGAUCUACGGCAGGCGGUGAAUUCUGCCAAUCGGAGCAUCAAGAAUCGGAACCGUGAGCUGUGGCUACGUGGUUCGCUCCAUCCCAACGCCAUUUCCGAUACGUACAACGUGUUUGACGUCUGCGAUCUGGUCGACCAUGUGACGCUCGAUCCAACCACGGCCGAUAACUUGGAAAAUGCACACGCUCCGUUGUACGGUACACCGAUCGUGCUACCUGCGGUAGCGCAGACAUUUAUAAAAUUGUACGGAGGUGUCAUCAAUCCCAAGACAGGAUUUUAUGAAACCACUCAGCAAUGGCUUGAUGAUGGAUGCCCUCCGAAGAAGCUGCUGCUCGGCAUUGGCUUAUACGGUGUUCGGAAGGAAUAUUCCGCGAGGACGAGAGCGUUGGUAGGCGACAGAGCCACCAUACCACCUGCCGAAGCGAAAUAUCUGCAACAUUAUGAGCUCUGUAAAACGAUACGUGAAGCGGGAUGGACCGUUGGGUGGGAUCAGUACGGAUUCAUGCCAUUCGUGACCAGAGCGCUACAGAACGAUAUGGAGGAGCGCAUCAGCUACGAGGAUCUGAACUCGUUACGCUUCAAGAUGGAUCUGGUGGCGGAGAAGCGCUUCGGUGGCGUCUACAUCGAUUAUAUACACUCGGACGACAUCUAUGGCAACUGUGGACAGGCGUAUUCGCUGACGGGCUAUCUCUAUAACAGGGUGCGUUCGAUUCCCUCCGAUAUUGGGUUUGCCAUUGAGUGGAACUAAAACGGGAAUUAUGAUGGAAAUAGGAUGGAAGUAAAUGCCAGUUAAAAUAUUAUCUUCAUUUUGAAAACUAUGCAUAUUAGACGAUCAGAACAUCAUAAAUAAAGCGUUCUCAGUCUAUCUGCUGUCAAA